AUGGAUGAAUCACAGCAGAGUAGUAAUGAAGAAUCACAAGAGUACCAGUAUUUGGAUGAUGAUCCUACAUCAGAUUGUGAAUUACCUAAUGAAUUGUCUGAGGAAAUUAAUGGUUUGAAUGCCAAUGAAUUGUCAAUUCGAAAUACUUUGCUUGAAAUUCUCCAUCAAUAUCAAUCCAAGGAUGUUGAAUCAGACAAAAUACUAAUUAGUUUGAACUUCAUAAAUGGGAUAAUAGAUAUAACAAAUGUUAAUGUGAAGAAAAUAGUACAAUCAAAAUUGAGUGAAUUGAAUGAAGGACAACAAUGGUUUGAUCAAGUUCUCAAUAAAAAAACUUGGACUCCAACUUCUGAGUUUAUCAAUUAUUGUAAUCAGUUCACAGAUGAUAUGUGUAAUCAUAUAGAAUUCACCACUUUGGUGCAAAAUAAAAUUGCCAAAGACAAUAAGGUAUACAAAUCUAAAGUGAUAAUUACACCAGAGAAAAAGAAAGUCAUAAAGGAAAUCACACAUUCAUAUCCUGAAUCACCUUCUCUUGGAACACCAAGUUCAUCAUUGAUUUAG